ACAUUUAACACGAAGGUAAAAACCUGUGAUGGAAACAGGAGAGUAUAAUCGUUUUUAUAGUUAAUUAUUGCAGUGUUGUGCUAGUGGAACUACUUUAUAAGUGUGAGUGUUAAGCAGUGGUGAGUAUGUUGUGGAGGCUGGAGGUAGUGAUGGACUUCUUUGUGAUAUAAAAUGGUAUCCACCAGAGGGAAUCCGUUAUCGGAGACUGGUAGGAGAAGCACACUACCCACCCGUGAGUCCCGCAGGAACACCCGGGGAGCCCUGCAGGAGCCUGAAGAUGAGCUGUUUUGGGACAGUGACGAUCAGCCUUCAAGAGUACGCAGACGGGCAGGUGUCAGUGUUUCAUUCAAGGGGGCUACAAGUCCCAGAUCAACAACCAGCAGGUCUCCAGGGUCAGCUAAAGAAGACCCUGUGAUGAAGGUAAAUGAUGAGUCUCCCCCUCAACAGCUUCCUUGCCUUUCUAUUGAGUCUAGCGAAGAAAGUGAGAAAGCUGCUCUGAGAAAACUGAGAACACGAACCCUGGCCGUUUUGCUGUCUCGCUCGCUUGCAGACAAAAAACUGAAGGGCUGGGCCAGGAAGAGACCCUCGUGUUUCUCCUGUGAUGAGGCUCCUAGGCCUCAACCCAGCAGAGAUAACUCCCGGGGCCGGCCUGCACAUAGAAGGCAAGAUGAAGUGGCAGCAGUUGAAGCAGACACAGAUACAGAUGAUGAAAUUUUUAGUCGUACUCAGUCGCGGAGGACUCGUGGCAAACGCAAUAAAGAUAGUAAAAAUUCACUGAAGAAAGAGUUUGUGAUGAAUGGCGAUGAUCUGGGUGAUCAUGAUCACUUGGAAGAGGAGGAGGAGGAUGAAGGUCCAAGACGCAGUUCUCGAAAAAAGAAAUUUAGUGCAUUUGAUCAGUCUUGGUUAGUUGGGAAUAAGAAGUUAAGGGGUUACCCAUCCAUUGUUCCAAGUUCUGAGCCAGAAAAUGAUGAACCCCGACCGUCACGGAAAAUGCGCAAAUAUAUUGACACAGAGGUAGAGCCCAGACGUAGAAGAGUUCGACGAUAUGAGGAAGCUGAUGAUCAAGAUUUUCGUUCUCUUGCACCAAAGACACACAGAGCUACUAGACGUCGCCGGGGUCCACCAAGGAGAUACAGGGAGGACCCAGAUAAUUCUGAAGAUGAGGAUGGUAGAAGGUUGCGAGCCAGAUGUGGAAAUCAGGUGAAGGUGGAAGAUGAUGAAGACAACCAAGAAGAAAUGGACACUGAUGGAGAAGCAUUGGAAAGGUCUGAACAACACAUGAAGAGAUUCAAGGAAGCUGAAGAAAGAUGUAUUGAAGAUAGAGAAGAAGGAAAUGAAGGAGAUGAUGAUGACGAUGACGAAGAACUUCCACAGAAGAGACGCACUACGAGGAGUUCAUUAGUUGCAGCAGGAGAGAAAAUUGAUGAUACAGAGGAGGAAGAGGAGGAGGAAUCACCUGUGAUACGUAGACGUGGACCUAAAAGGAAGAGAGAUACUCCCAUUGCUGGUAAUCUCUCUUUAAAAGACUCGUUUGUAGACAUGUAUUCACGAGUGAAAAGGCAACGUAGACCUGUCAAACGUUUCAUGUAUGAGGAUGAAGUUUCUGAGAGAAGGGCUAGAAAACACAAUUCUUCCUCAAAUGACAGCGUUAAUGAAAAAGAUGAUGACGAUGACGACGAUGAUGAUGAUGAUGAUGACGAUGAUGAUGAUGAGGAAGAGGAGGAAGAAGGUGGAAGUGAGGUUCAAACAAGGUCACGCUAUUCGCUAAGACGGAACAGGCGGGAAAGCAGACCAUUUCAACACACUGCUACUGAAAAGUCAUCACGAUCGAUUGGAUAUCACGAGGACUCUCCUCCUAGAAGACAUCGUAGGAAUCACAAGAGGUAUCUUAACUCUCCAGCAAGAAAACAUGUAUUUCAUCAUAAACGUAGGGCAACUCAUAAUACAUCUAGUAGCAGUAGCAGUAGUUCAGAUGAAGCUCAGUUUGAAGAACGCAAAGCUAGAAGUAUGGCCAAGUCACGAAACCGCUGCCUACCUAUGAAUUUGACUCAAAAAGAUUUGCUUUCGGGAACUUUAAAUGUUAUCCAUAGGCCUUUUCAGCAUCUUCAACAAUAUCUUCGCAUCACAGAGCACAAAACAUGCAGUAAUCAAGAACGAGUGAAAGUUGGAUCUAGCUUGGCAGACAUCGACCCCAUGAGUUUGGAUAGAGAAGUUAAUUUUGAUGCUGUUGGUGGUCUCUCACAUCAUGUGAAGGCUCUAAAGGAAAUGAUCAUCUUUCCUCUGCUCUAUCCUGAGGUGUUUGAGAGGUUCAAAAUUGCUCCCCCCAGGGGAGUCUUAUUCUAUGGCCCACCUGGAACAGGAAAAACACUAAUGGCAAGAGCACUUGCUAAUGAAUGCAGUGUUGGUGGAAGAAAAGUUGCCUUUUUCAUGCGUAAAGGUGCUGAUUGUCUUAGCAAGUGGGUGGGAGAAUCAGAGAGACAGCUGAGACUUUUGUUUGACCAGGCUUAUCAGAUGCGCCCUUCUAUAAUCUUUUUCGAUGAAAUUGAUGGACUUGCUCCGGUACGCUCUACUAGACAAGAUCAAAUCCAUUCCAGUAUUGUAUCUACACUUUUAGCUCUCAUGGAUGGAUUAGACUCCCGUGGAGAAGUUGUUGUAAUAGGGGCUACGAAUAGAAUUGAUGCCAUCGACCCAGCCCUACGGAGGCCUGGGCGAUUUGAUCGAGAAUUCAAUUUCCCUCUUCCAUCCCUGAAGGCACGUUUGCAAAUAUUAACGAUUCACACCAAAAGUUGGGUCCCAGUUCUAAGUAAGCGCCUUUUGCAUUACUUAGCAGAGCAGACUGUUGGCUACUGUGGUGCUGAUCUAAAGUCACUCUGUGCUGAAUCUGCAUUAAUUGCCCUCAGAAGCAAAUACCCACAAAUCUACUCUUCCAAACACAAGCUUCUGAUAGAUGUGUCUACAAUUACUAUAAAAUUGUGUCACUUUCGAGCAGCAAUGAAAAAGAUAGUCGCAGCCGGACACAGGUCAUCUGCUAGUAUUGGCCGACGCCUCAGUUCUACGGUGCAACCAUUACUCCAAGGAUCUCUCAAUUGUGCCCUAAGGCUGCUGUCAGAAAGGUUUCCUCAUGCUUUCAUCAAAUUUCCAGCUAGCCUAAAGAGCCGCACUACUCAUAGACCAAGACUAUUGCUGGCUGGGUUGAGAACUCAAGGUCAAAGCACCCAUCUAGCACCAGCAAUUAUUCAUUCUCUGGAAAAGGUUCCUACUCACAAGUUGGAUCUUGCUACAUUGUAUUCAGUCUCUGCACGGGCACCAGAAGAAGCGUGUGCACAGAUCUUUCACGAGGCACGACGUAAUCUUCCAAGUAUCAUUUACGUUCCACACAUUGACCAGUGGUGGGGAACAACUUCAGAAACCUUGCGUGCAACUUUCAUGUCUCUCCUGCUCGACCUUGAUCCUUCUUCUCCACUGCUGCUAUUAGCUACAUCAGAUACACCAUAUGAUGAGCUGGAUGCUGAUGUUCAGAUGCUGUUUAGUGUUUAUCGUGAGGAAAUGAUGGCAAUGACCAAUCCAUUAGAAGAUGAGAGGCGGCAGUUCUUUAAACCAUUGUUCUUCACAGAUAUGCUUCAGAAACAAAAGGUUCGUUCAAGUAAAAGACAACUAGAAGAUCUACCACUAGCGCCUGAGCCUCAGCACUGGCAAUUGAAUUCUAAGGAAUUUAAAAAAUUAGAAGAGAUUGAAGAAGCUACGCUCAGGGAAUUAAGAAUUUUCCUUCGUGAAAUUUGUGCAAAGCUAGCUAGAAACAGAACGUUUUAUAUUUUCACAAAACCUGUGGAUGAAGAAGUAGUUCCUGAUUAUCGUGAUAUUAUCAAGGAACCAAUGGAUUUAGAGACAAUGAUGACAAAGAUUGACCAGCAUGAGUAUGAAUGUGCUCAGGAGUUUCUUUGUGACAUUGACCUAAUCUGCACUAAUGCUCUUGAGUACAACCCUGACCGCAAUCCUGAGGAUAAAAUCAUUCGCCAUCGUGCCUGUACCUUACGUGAUACAGCCUAUGCCUAUAUUAAGGCUGAAAUGGACACAGAUUUUGAAGAUAAGUGCCGUGAAAUCAGAGAUAGACGUCAAGACCGAUAUGUUUCUGCUGCUAAACCUCAGGUUCCGGAAUUCAUCCAUGUUGCUCCAAAUUCAAAAAGACCUGGUAUGCCAGAAAAACCAGCUGGAGUAUCAGAACCAUUGACUCCACAUUUCAGCUCUGUUCAAGAACCCAGAGAUCAGCAUGCAAAGUCAACAGGCGACAUCCGUCGUCGUAAGAGGAGAUGUAGAAGUGCUUGGUCUCGAGGAGAAAUUAAAUCUCCAAAGAAGAAGAGAAUAAUUGAGAAGGAUCCAGCCGAAAAGAAAGAUUUAGAAAUAGACAGUGAACAGACAAAAACGUUAGAGGGGGUGAAUGAAGCAGAGAAAAGUACAAGUUUACAGUUAGCAGACAAACAUGCAGAUGAUGGAGAGAGGAGUGACGAUGAUGUUAGCGUUCACUCCACUUGCAAUUCAGAAGAAAGAGAAAGAAAUGUAAAGGGUUCAUUAAUUUCAAAAGAUCGCCCAGAUGAGGUUCAUGUUGAUUCUGAGGUUGUUCUAUAUAAUGGUCAUCUGAGCACAGAAGACAGCCAUGAUAGUAUGAAGGUAACUUCUGCUGCUGAUGAACUUGCUGCCCAAGCUUCUACCUCAAAUACAAUGAAAGAAUCGAGGGAUAUCAGCAAAGAGGAGAGGGAGGAUAAGGUGCUCGACACUACAGUGGAGACUGAAGAUUCUGUUGUAUCAUCAUCAGAGCAAGGAAAUGGCAGUGGGCCCUCAAGGUGCAAUGGAAUCACUAUUGACUGGGGUCAUUUGGAAGCUGUUUAUGAAUCAUGCAUUUCUGCCACCGAGGAUUCCACUGUAGACGAGUUGCUGCGUCUGCAUACUUCAAUUUCUUCACUUAUAUACAAGCACUUAGGAAAUACAAACCGUCUUCACCUUCUUCAGGAUACUGAAGCUGAAAUUAGGCGUUUCACACAGUUUCACAAGAAAAGCUGAGUGUGUGUGGAGUUACAACAUGACGCAUACUGCCAAGCAUGAAGGUUUUAUGCUCUUCAUGUAAUCUUAAGGAUCAUGUGUACUGCCUAUUCUGCUGUGAGAUACUUAUGAUAGACUUAUUAUAUUAUUUAAAGAGCAUUGUGUAAGGAUGUUCUUUAUAUUUUUACUUUAUUCUGAUGUUAAAAUUAUAACCUAAUUUAUCAAAAUCCAGAUUGUGGAAUAUUAUGUCUUAGAUUGGGAUUUUAGUGUUUAUACAAUACUGUAUUACCAAAGUUCUUAAGGUAUAUGUGUUUUAGAUUAAGUGAAGCAGUAUAUUAUAUUUACAACAGAUUAGCUGUCUGUUAGGUACCUGAUUAUUUUGCAACCAAAAUGUUUUCAUUAAUUUAGAUGCAGUCUUGUACUGCUGCACAGGCCCAGGGGGACUUUGGUUUUUUUUCUGUUCUUUAUCAUUUUAGUGACAUGAUCAGUAAUUAUGAAGAUUUCAUCUGCAUGUAGGAACACAGAUAAGAUUAUUCACAAUGCCAUAAAUAAUUUAUGAAAUAUCAUAUCUUGCACUCACACUCAUUAUUUUUUAAGACAUUGUAUCAUAAAGAUUUGAGAAAAUCAUUCUUCAUGUUCUUCAUAACUGGUGAUAUGUCUACCCAUGCCCUGCCAUUUUGCCAUCCUUGCUCAAGGUACUAGGUUAGGGAUGAUUCAGAUAAAUAUUAAAUGUGUCACUGCCAGUAUCAUCAACCAUUCACCCCACACUGCCAUAUUCACAGGUUUGCAAUUUUAAGCUGUAGCCUAAAGUUAGGAGUGUUGAUAUUUCAGUGUUUGCAUUAGUAUUUGCUGCUACCUCUGUCUCCUUCCCACUAAGAGGUUCUCAUAGAAUGAAGGAAUUGAUAGAGUAAUGUUAGUGCAAGAUACGUAAGACUUGCAUCACUCAUGGUAUUAUUACCCUUUUCUUAAGAAGCAGUUAGUCUUACGAGGGGUACUUUAAUGUGAAGCAGUUAGUCUUGUGAGGGGGCACUUAAGGGGCAUGUCAGUUCCCCUGUCAUCUAAUAUGUUAUUUUUUUCCUAUAAUCUACCUUGUCCAUAAUUACUAUCACAUUUGUUUUGUCUGCUUUUGUAAGGUGAAGUCUAGGAUCUUUCCUUAAUUCAUGGUAACUUGACAACAUAAUUACUAUUGCAAAUGCAUUAGUAAUUAUGGACAAGGUAGAUUAUAGGGCAAAAGUAAACAUGAUAUUAGGAGAUGGAAACUCAUGUGCCUCUUAACUGUAAAGCAGUUAGUGUAAUGAGGGGUAUCUUAAUGUAAAGCAGUUAGUUUUAUGAGGGGGGGGGUACCUUAAUGUUUACUUGUGAUACUUAAGUCAUUGCUAUUAAUAGUAACUAAAGAUAAUUAUUACCAGUUUUAUUAAUUUGCUUUUUGGUUGUACAUUUUAAAUUUGAUCAAUCAUUGUAAAAAGUCUAUAUGUUCUUUACCCACCUGAUUUAAUACAUACAGUAUAACAUUUAUUAAAUUGAAACUUUUCAGACUUUUAUUACCAAUAUAGGCCUUAUUUAUAGAUCCUCUUUAUUGUCUCUCAUUUUUCACAGAUACAUCACUAACAGGGUCUGUGUUAGUUUAAAAAUUGAAUGUAACAAAGAAAAAAAGUUUCAGCAUGGUCUUGAGGUCUUUAAAAUUUUGGUACACUAAAAACUUCUUUACAGCUUUCUCAUGAGCUGUGUAGGCUGCUAGAAAAUGUCUUCAGUUUGAUCCUUUGCUAAAUUUUUCCUUAUUUUUCACUGUAUAUUUUGACACAGUCUUUACGAUACCUAAGCAGAGUAAUUUCACUUUUGGAACACAUGUGCCUUGGCAUAAUAUUCUUCUGUAUUGGUAGCCAUUUUGGGAGCUCAUAUUCAGUUUCUAUGGGUCUGUUUGAAGACAGUAUCUUUGAUUGUUUUAUACAGACUUUGAACAACCACUGCACUGUGAAGUUGUGUACUUUGGUUUAAGUUAGAUAUGUAGCUCAUUGGAUAAUAUGAAAACUUGUAUAGGACUAUGUAGGAUUUUUUGUUGCACACAAUUAAGUAACUUGAAGGAUCUUAGCCAGAUUUCCUGAAAUUAUCACUUUAGUAUUAUUUAUGUGGGAGAAUCUUGGACUACUGUCUCUUAAGGAUAGCCUUUAUUGUAAUAAAUAUUUCAGUAUUAUAUUUAAAGCUUAGAUAAUAAUCAGUAAACUUUUUUCUAUCUUAUUCUUUACACUGGAUUGAGUCGUUUCAUGUUUUCUUGUUGCUCAAACUAACAUUUGACACUUUUUUUAUAUCGCCCAAAAAUUCACAGUUUGCAGUAUUCUAACAUCAGUCUCGCCUUAAAAUCUUGCACAUUAAGUCAUUUUAUGUAACUGCGACGAUCUCACAUAUCUUAGAAUUUAUGUAAUAUAGGGCAGAUAUGAACAGUCAUAGACUGCAGCUAUACUUUUAUCUUACAAUUUUGUGAUUAUAAAUUUCAUUGCAUAUUUUUUUGUGUGUGGAAAUAUAGAAGUAUAAUACAAUUUUUUCUACGAAAAUAAUAUGAAUGAACUUUAUUUUACAUGCAUUUUCAUAAAUGAACAUUAUUUCACAUGCAUUCUCUCUUUAAAAGGACAAUGCCACUUUUCUAAUAAGGUAUUAAGUACUGUAGUUAAUGACAAAGCCAUUCAUAUUGAGCAGGAAAAUGCAAAUUUAUAAUUUUUUGCCCAAAAGUUUGAGGAAAGACUUCCAUCCUUACUGUGGUUGAUAUCACUGUGGUUAAUAUCACACUCCAUGUCACUGUGGAUGGUAGCACCCCUCUGUAUUACUAUGGUUGAUAGUACCCUUCAUAUUACUGUGGGUGGUAUUACACUCCAUAUCACUAGUUAAUAUCACUGUGGUUGGUAUUACACUGCACAUCACUGUGGUUGGUAUUAACACUCCUGUUUCACCGUGGUUAAUAUCACUGAAUUAUUCACAACAGCACAAAUGACUCUUAACAACCCAAUGUAAUGUUUAUAUUGUCAAUCAACAUGUCUUCAAAAGGUAAAAUUAUGGAGGUUUUAAAUAGGCCUAAAGUCUGGUAAAUGGAAUGGCUGAGCUACUACUAGGUAGGCAGAGUGCCAUGCGAUAUAGGUAAUGCAAACACUUCAGGAAGAGCAAACAUUUAUUAAGACAGUGUUUCACUCCUUAAGUAAAACGUUGUCUUCCUGAAGGUUUGUGUGUUGCUCUGCUUCAGUGACUGUAGUUCAGAAGGUUGAUGAAGUACUGUAAAUGAAAGUGGGAAGAUACAUGAUAGUUGUGUACAAAGAGUUGCGCACUCCAUCUUUGUCAUUACCAUAUCAGUACUUAAAUAUCACAAAAUACCUCAUAAAUUAUCCAUUAAGAAUUGAAUAUUUCAGUUUUUUUAAGGUUCUUAAUAAUAAUUGAGGAGGCUAUUGUUGAACAUUUUAUUUUUUAACCCUGACUGAGAUGACAUUCCUUUAAACUACUUUGGUAUUGCACAACGUUUUUUGGAUAUGUAAUUUAUUUUUUGUUUUAGUUUGGGUUCAUCUUGCUCACUUGAAAUGGUUAGAGGCCAAAGAUAUAGUGUUAAACAAUCAAGGUCCACAUGUCACUGGAAUGAAUUGGUAGCUAUAAUUGCCUGCCUAAAAUUCUGUGUACAGAAACAAUAUUUUCCUGCAUAAAAUUUAGCGUAUAAAUUUUUGUGGAAUUAUCAUUUUAUAGAUACAGGAUCAGAGCUAUGUUCGUGGUGUCUCAUGCUCACUGUUUAGGUUAUCAGAUUUUUUUUUUUUAAGUUUCAAAUAACUACAUGAGUAUGUGCAUAUGUACAGUAUACAUUCACAUGUAUGAUUUGUAGGUCAUGAAUUGCAACUACUUGAAUUCAUGCAACCCACCAGAAUAGUUUGUUCAAUGAAAUCAAAAUCCAAGCCAGUUUUAGAAUAUUCUUGAAAAUGUGUUCAGUGGAUUUACUGCACCCCAUAUACUUUUUUUUUUUUUUUUUUUUUGGUUAGGUUUUCUUGUUAAUUUAAAUAUACACUGUUAUAGUCAUAUUUAAGAAAUAUGGCCCCAUGAUGUGAUGCAAGUGCACCGGAAUUGUGGCGGCUCAAAACUAAAAAAUCAUAAAAUUUUCUAAAAAAAAAAAAAAGUUGAUGGAUUUACUAACCCUGUAUGUUUUUUUUCUUUUUUUUUUUAAUUAGUCAUUCUAAUGAAUUUCAAUGUUAACAUUUUCACUAAAUAAUUCCAGCCUCGUGAACAGAUGCUGGGUCAUUGAAAUUGCCUGGUUUUUGAUAAAUCUGAAUUUGGAGAUACUCCAGUUUCUGUACUCUUUUGGACAUACUGUAUUUGUGCUGUAUGUAUAUAAAUUUGUGUGAGAUUGUCAUGUUUU